CUCCCUCCACCCACCUCCCUCCCCCCAAGAGAGAGGUCACUAAAUGCCCAAGAGGAGGAGGAGAGAAUACUUUCAACCAUAAUAGAGUCCAUGGGAAGGUCUCCAUGCUGCGAGAAAGCUCACACCAACAAGGGAGCAUGGACCAAGGAGGAAGAUGACCGCCUCAUCGCCUACAUCCGUGCCCAUGGCGAGGGAUGCUGGCGCUCCCUCCCCAAGGCUGCCGGCUUGCUCCGUUGCGGCAAGAGCUGCCGCCUCCGCUGGAUAAACUACCUGCGACCCGAUCUUAAGCGCGGCAACUUCACCGAGGAAGAGGAUGAGCUCAUCAUCAAGCUCCAUAGCCUUCUCGGCAACAAAUGGUCUCUCAUAGCGGGGAGGUUGCCAGGGAGGACCGACAACGAGAUAAAGAACUACUGGAACACACAUAUUAGAAGGAAGUUGUUGAGCCGGGGAAUUGACCCUGCCACCCACCGUCCGAUCCAUGCGCCUCUUUCGGACUUCACCAUCACCUUUGCUAAGGGGGAGAAGAAGGAUGUGAAAAUUCUUCGCCGCGACGAAGAGAAGACUGGCCGCAGCUGCACCAGAGAAGAGUCUGCACCAUGGAGGCAAUACAGAUGCCCGGAUCUCAAUUUAGAGCUGUCUAUAAGCCCUCCUUUCCAACAACCAGUGGAGCCCAUCAAGGGAGAGAGGAGAUCACUUUGUUUCAACUGCAGCUUGGGGCUGCAGGGGAGCAAGGAGUGCAAGUGUAAUUGCUUUCUUGGGCUUGGUGGUGGAGUGUUGGACUAUAGAACAGUUGAAAUGGAAUGACAUGCUUAUCAGUGUCUUCAUCAUCUUGAUGAGGCAACUAAAAAACAAAAAAAGAAUAUGAUCGAUCCUUUUUUCCUUUCUUCUUUUUGUACAAUUGUUGGAACAGAAUACUAUACUACUAUUGUUGAGCUAUGAUUUCUUCGUAAAAGAAAGACAUGCAUGGAUUUCAUUCA